UCCGCAUGUUAAAGAUCAUGUCUGCUUCUUGUGUCGAGCUAAUUCAAGUUUCUCUGCUUUCAGAGUCAGCAGCAGAACUGCCGCGGAUUUCUCAGCUCCUUGCGAGUGAAGCCGAGAGCUUUCGCCUGAAGGCACAGGGCGAGUUUCAAAGACUUCAUGGAUUCAUUCUCCAGAUUCUCGUUCCAUAUCAAUGUGACCCUGGGACUAUCCUUGUUUUUGACUGGCAUUGCUCUCAGCGGCGGAUCCAGCGACGUGAGAACGAUCACCAAACUGAGUGCCUUUGGUGACCUGGGGGGGAAGCAGGAACAGCUGGAUAUAGAGAAUUCGACAUACUGGAAUCAAGUGAAAGCUCCUGAAGGAUAUAGUCUGAACUUCUCCAGGCUCCUGAUAUCCACAGUACUGUUCUGCACAUCAUCACAGUGCAAGUCCUGUGUUCGGGUUUCUGUCAAGUUAAAUUACACAGCGCCAGUGAAAAUAGAAGGGGUGCAAAUCAGUUUCUUCAAAUAUAAUAACAACAGACACAAUGAGAUCCAGAUCCGAUGGAAGAAGCGCGUGCUGCCCGUCAAUGCUGCACAUUUUGUCUUCGAAUGCUUUGAAUCAGAUGGAGGCCAUCAAGUUGAGGUUACUGUUCAUACAGUCCCAAAUUAUGGGCCCGAGUUAACUGCAGAGUACACUGUGGAGGAUCAUGAACAGGGUCCACAGAUCAACUAUGUUGUUGUUCCUGAGAAGAAGCAGAUUGUAGUUACUGUCCACCCAGGCCGUGCUGUUUACAUUGUGCUGUGUUACAAGCGGGGAUUUGUGUGUCGCAAGCUGAAGAAACACUCUUAUCAACUGAUUAACACUACAUCUACGUUUUCCUAUGAUUACCUGCUUCCUUGUCUCUGUAUCGAGGCAUUUUACCCAGGACCUGAUAGCCACCGGACAACAGUCUGUCCAUUCACUGAUGCUCCUGAAGCUUUUGGUCCUGAUCUCUGGAGGUCGAGCAAUUUCUCGGACCUGGUUCAACAUCGCAACAAUAUGGCUGUGCGUUAUCUAGGAAAAUGCUUGAUUGUACCUGAUGCUGUUCUCUGUUGGAAAUCAAAUGGAUCCUAUGUGGAGUUUGCGGAGUCGGCCACCAAGUAUUUAAGGACUGGUUACGUGUUUGGAAGUGUUGACAAACAUUCUCAGAUGUGUAUCAAGUUUAAGUACAAAAACAGCAGCCACGUUGAAUGCCGAAACAAGCCAGACACUGAUUGGAAUGUAACCAUGGAGACAGAAUCGAACAAACUCGUGCUUGAGUUUGCUUCCCAUUUCCCAGCAUCUUUCAGCGCUGUUCUGUGUAAGCCGGUGGAGGAUGAGUGCAAAAACACAAGCCAGAUCUAUUCCAAAAACCAGACUGAAUUAAGCUCCCAGAAACUCCUUAUGAUCUUGCCUGUCGAAAGCCUCAAAUUGUGUGUCAAGGUAUGGCGUUCAGAUGUGACUUUCUCUGGGAAGAAGCUGCUCUGCCCGAACUACUCCCGACAGUGGAUGGGCCUGGGCCUCUUGGGCUUGCUGGCUGCGUUAGUCACGGUCCUGUUGGUUAUAUAUGUGCUCUAUCAGUUUACGACCAAAGUUGUGUCGGAUCCGCUCUGGAGCAGAACAGUCCUGUUGAUGUACUCUCCAGACUCUGAGGAACACAAGAGUUUGGUCUGCGCUUUUGCCGAUAUUCUGAGGACUGAAUUGGGAUGCAACGUCAUCCUCGACCUCUGGGAUAGUGGUCGGGUGGCAGAAAUCGGCAUUGUGUCCUGGCUUUACAGCAAGCGGGAGCUGGUGGAGACCGAAGGAGGAAAGAUAAUAAUCAUUUGGUCACGGAAAAGCCAGGAAAUGUACAGAGAGUGGUACAUGUUGGAGCCAGUAUCGAAACUGAACCAUGAUGACCUGCAUGACCUUUUCAACACAUCAAUGGCUUGCAUUUACAAUGACAUUUUAAGAAAAGGGAGAAUUGAAGAUUACAGUAUUAUUUAUUUUCAUCGGCAAUGUGGCAAAGAAAAUAUUCCAGAAAUGUUGGCCAAGAUCCCUAAAUACCAAAUGUUGAAGGAUUUUACAAGUUUUGUGCACGAACUGCAAUCUGCCGUUGACCCACCUUGCAGCUUCAAGUUAAGCACAAAGUAUUUGGUGCAUCAAAUCCUGAAGUCCGAGAAAAUGCAAAGGCUGAAGAGAAGUGUAGAACAGUCCAGAAAACUGCAGGACCAGAAGUCUCUUUGCUGAGAGGACCAUUGAGAAAGACUUGCGGAAAGAGCUUUGCAGGUAAUUAGAGAGAGAGAAAGGGAGGCUGAGACCUAUCUUGCAUCUCUUGGUUGUGUCUAUUGACAUUUGGUUUGCAAGGAAGAACAAUCUAUGUAAGAUUGUUGUGUUCUCAAGGCAUAAAUGCAAUAAUGAGCUUGCUAAGUAUCUAACCCAUGCAGCUAAUGCUUAGAAUGCGAAGGAGUCUGUCCCACAGAGGAAGCAAUUUGAGCUACAGAUAUCACUCGCUUUGUUCAUUGCUUGAAGGCAGCUUUGCAGAGCCAGCUCACAAGGCUACAGAAAGGAGAGAAGAAAUAUGAGAUCCCAGAGUUCUGGAUUCUCACAUGUUCGAUUGAAUCAACGUGAUUUUGUAUCAGUAAGGAAGCUUUGACCGCCCCGACUGCGGGAACUUCGAUCGCCCCAGCUGUAGAAGUUUCAAUUGCCCCGACCGUGGGAGAAAAGGAGGAAAGAAGGUAUAAGUUAUUUGCCUUCCAUCAUAGUGGGGAAUGAGAGGUCGCUGAAAAAACAAGAUGGACGUGCUGCCUGACCUGGUGAGGGCUCGGAGGGAGUACCGUGAGUGCAGUGAUCUCGGCGUUUUGUGGUGACAUGGCUCCAUGUGGACAUCCCGGAGUCUGGAGCGAGUGUGGACGGCUUUCUGACAGUUUGGGCGGACAGGGACUGCAGAGAGAGUGACAGCGGUCGGUACAACUCUGGUCACAUCAUGGUGAAGGAGCGUGCGAGUGGCCCGGACAU